GGCCGGGGCAGGUGUGCCCGGGGAAAGAAGGGCGGUGCCGAGGAGCAGGCGAAACCUUCGGGAAAGGGCAUCCUCCCCGGCCCGCUCUUCUACAGGAUGUUGGGAUUUUUGCAGCGCCCUGUGGUGGUGACAGCUGACAUCAACUUGAAUGUCGUGGCUCUGACCGCGGUGGGGUUGCUGAGCCGACUGUGGCAGCUUGCCUAUCCAAGGGCCGUGGUUUUUGAUGAAGUAUACUAUGGGCAGUACAUCUCUUUUUACAUGAAGCGGAUCUUCUUUUUGGAUGGCAGUGGACCACCGUUUGGCCACAUGCUGCUGGCCUUGGGAGGUUAUUUAGGAGGAUUUGAUGGUAACUUUUUGUGGAACAGAAUUGGAGCAGAAUACAGCACCAACGUGCCCGUGUGGUCCCUGCGCCUGCUGCCGGCCCUUGCAGGGGCCCUGUCGGUGCCCAUGGCCUACCAGAUCGUGUGGGAGCUCGGCUUCUCUCACUGUGCCGCCGUGGGCGCCGCUCUGCUGAUUCUGAUCGAGAACGCUCUGAUCACUCAAUCAAGGCUGAUGCUUUUGGAAUCAGUGUUGAUAUUUUUCAAUCUGUUGGCCGUGCUGUCUUACCUGAAGUUCUUCAACUCCCAGAAACAUAGGCCCUUCUCUCCGAGCUGGUGGUUUUGGUUGAUGCUGACGGGUGUGGCCUGCUCCUGUGCAGUCGGCAUCAAGUAUGUGGGUGUGUUCACGUACGUACUGGUGCUCGGGGUUGCUGCUGUCCACGCCUGGCACCUGAUAGGAGACCAGGCGCUGUCAAACGCCCGUGUGCUCUGUCACCUGCUCGCCCGAGCGGUGGCCCUGUUGCUCACCCCGGUCCUCGUGUACCUGCUCUUCUUCUACGUCCACCUGCUGCUGCUCUGCCGCUCCGGGCCCCACGACCAAAUCAUGUCCAGUGCUUUCCAGGCCAGCCUGGAGGGGGGGCUGGCGCGGAUCACACAAGGCCAGCCCCUGGAGGUGGCCUACGGUUCCCAGGUCACUCUGAAGAACGUCUUUGGCCAACCCGUGCCCUGCUGGCUUCAUUCCCACCAGAGCACCUACCCCAUGAUAUACGAGAAUGGCCGCGGCAGCUCCCACCAGCAGCAGGUGACCUGCUACCCCUUCAAGGAUGUCAACAACUGGUGGAUUGUAAAGGACCCUGGGCGGCACCAGCUGGUGGUGAACAACCCCCCGAGGCCCGUGCGGCACGGCGACAUCGUGCAGCUGGUGCACGGCAUGACCACCCGCCUCCUCAACACGCACGACGUCGCGGCCCCCCUGAGCCCUCACUCCCAGGAGGUGUCCUGCUACAUCGACUACAACGUCUCCAUGCCCGCCCAGAACCUCUGGAGGCUGGACAUCGUGAACAGAGAGUCGGACACAGAUGUCUGGAAGACCAUCUUGUCAGAGGUCCGGUUCGUGCACGUGAACACCUCAGCCAUCCUCAAGCUGAGCGGGGUGCCCCUCCCGGACUGGGGCUUUCGGCAGCUGGAGGUGGUCGGGGAGAAGCUGUCCCGGGGCUACCACGGGAGCACCGUGUGGAACGUGGAGGAGCACCGCUAUGGCAGGAGCCAGGAGCAGGAAGAGAGGGAGCUGGAGCUGCGCUCGCCUACUCAGACAGACGCCAGCAGGAACCUCAGCUUCAUGGCCAGGUUCUCAGAGCUGCAGUGGCGGAUGCUGACGGUGAGAAGCGACGAUUCCGAACACAAAUACAGCUCCACGCCGCUGGACUGGGUCACGCUAGACACCAACAUCGCCUACUGGCUGCACCCCAGGACCAGUGCACAGAUCCAUCUGCUCGGAAACGUCGUGAUCUGGGCCUCGGCCAGCCUUGCCACCCUGGUGUACGCUCUGCUCUUCAUCUGGUACCUGUUCAGACGCCGAAGAAGAGUCUGCGACCUCCCUGAGGAUUGCUGGCUACGCUGGAUGCUGGCCGGGGCUCUGUGUGCCGGGGGCUGGGCCGUGAACUACGUGCCCUUCUUCAUGAUGGAGAAGACGCUGUUCCUCUACCACUACCUGCCCGCGCUCGCCUUCCAGAUCCUCCUGCUCCCUGUGGUCUUGGAGCACGUCAGCGACCACCUGUGCAGGUCCCAGCUCCAGAGGAGCCUCUUCGGCGCGCUGGUCGUGGCGUGGUUUGCCUCUGCCUGUCAUGUGUCCAACACGCUGCGCCCGCUAACCUACGGGGACAGGUCACUCUCACCCAGCGAACUCAAGGCCCUUCGCUGGAAAGACAGCUGGGAUAUCCUGAUCCGGAAAUACUAGCAGGACACGGACACAGUGAUGGACAGCAGGGCUGGGUCGGGACAAAGUAGAACCGUCUUUCAUGAGCAUGUUUACUUCUGACAACGCAGAGUGGCUCUGAGCUUGGUGGAGACUCAGGCUUGGCAGGGAUUCUGUUCUGGUUUCGUUGUUGAAACAGUCCUCUGACGAGCACCUCGUUUUGAGCAAA